UCCAUAGGGAGCCAUGAUCGACCGCAUAGAGAACAACAUGGACCAGUCCGUGGGAUUUGUGGAACGGGCCGUGGCUGACACCAAAAAGGCUGUGAAGUACCAAAGUGAGGCCAGGAGGACGCUCCCGACGCUCCCAGCGAUGUCACCUCCCGGCGGGAUCAUCCCCGGCUCUAUCCUGGACCCCUCCUCUCCCUGCUCCUCCCGGACCUGCCGCUCCCAGCCCUCCGUGUCUCCAGCACCGCCUCCUUUCCCGACCGUCCCUUUCCCUGGGAUCUGCUCCUCAUGUCCCCACGGAAGGGGACAGGAUUCGUCCGUGGGGACGCGGCGAGGGGUGACAAGGACACAAAUCCGAAAGCCGGACGCUCACCCGCGCGGGCAUCCCGGUGGAAUGAGGGCGGGAAUAGGGACAGAACAGGGGGUUUGGUGGCACCAGCGUGGUUUGUUGUCACCGCGCUGUGGCAGACGGAGCUGUCGGGGUCCCCGCCCCCUCUUGGCUUUGCUGUCCGGGCAGGAGGAUGUGUUAUCAUGGAUAUUUAACUCCCGCUGUAAUAAAAUCCCGCCGAUCCCGCCCUGCGCCUCCUCUCCGUGCUGGCUGCGGGAGCACCCAAAGCCCGGCCCGGCUCCGGCUCGACUCCCGGUGCCCGGGGACCUGGGGGCUGCACCGGCCCCGCUUCCCGGUGCUGUAGGACACAAGGAGGAGGCGCGGGGCUGGGGACACCCCCAGCUCCGAGCCCUGGCCACACUGUCCCCCCCCCACUCCACCAAGUUUUUGGGUAAGUCACGGUGUUUGGUCACCUGUCCCAGGGCACGCUGGCACUGUCACCUCCCUGUGCCACAGAGAACCAGCUCACACCUGCCCUGCACCCUCCCCAGCCCCCGUCCUUGUCCUUUACCCUGUCUCUGCCCUUUCUCCCCACUGCCCAGCCCAUAUCCUUGUUGUCCCCCACCCCAUUUCUUGCCGUCCUCCCCAGCUCCAUCCUUAUCCCCUGUCCCCCUCCCCAGCCCGUUCCCUGUCCCUGUCCCUUCCCCAGCCGUGUCCCUGCCUCACAUUCCCUGUCUCCCCGAGCAGAAGAAGAUCAUGAUCAUGUUGUGCUGCAUCAUCCUCGCCAUCAUCCUGGCAUCCAGCAUCGGGAGCAUCUUCGCCUGA